AUGGAUUCCAACAACAACCGCUUGUUCCUCAACUUUGGGAACAGCAAUGACAGGUUGACCGCCUCGGAUCGGGCCGCCUAUCCCACCACGCCCUCGACCUUUCCUCAGCCUGUCUUCCCUCCCGCUUCUGGUCAGCAGCCUGGCCUUCAGGCUCAGCAGCAGGCUUACGCUGGCCAGCCGCUGAACGACUAUGCCCAACCCGCUGGCUAUCAGCCGCGAUCCAAUACCCCGGGCACCAACGAUCCCAACACCGGUCUCGCCCAUCAGUUCUCCCACCAGAACCUCGGAGGCGCUGCUCGAGCGCAGGCUUACGCUCGAGGGCCCUCGCCCGGCCAGCGUCCCCGAACCGCUGGCGCUUCAGGGCAGCCAGCCUAUUCCGGGUACAUGAACGCUCCUCCCAUGCCCAACCAACCUGCUGCUCCUCGCCCGAGAGAAAUCCCGACCGAUAUGGCACCAAUGCCAAUAGCAACCAGAAGAAGUGCUCCCAGCUUGCUGCCGACUUCUUCAAGGACAGUGUCAAGCGUGCGCGCGAGCGUAACCAAAGGUAUGUGCUGUUAUAGACAGAGCGAGUUGGAGCAGAAACUCCAGGAUCCCUCCCAGGGUUCUGGCAGACGCGAGCAGCUUUGGUCUACCGCUGGAAGAAAAGAAGGCCAGUACCUGCGUUUCCUGCGCACCAAGGAUAAGCCCGAGAACUACAACACAGUCAAGAUUAUCGGAAAGGGUGCCUUUGGAGAAGUCAAGCUGGUUCAGAAGAAGGGAGAUGGCAAGGUCUAUGCCAUGAAGUCCCUGAUCAAGACGGAAAUGUUCAAGAAGGAUCAGCUCGCUCACGUUCGAUCAGAGCGUGACAUUCUCGCCGAGUCUGACAGCCCCUGGGUCGUCAAGCUGUACACCACUUUCCAGGAUUCUUACUUCCUCUACAUGUUGAUGGAGUUCUUGCCCGGUGGAGAUUUGAUGACGAUGCUCAUCAAGUACGAAAUCUUCUCUGAAGACAUUACACGGUUUUACAUUGCCGAGAUUGUCCUCGCUAUUGAGGCUGUACACAAGUUGGGCUUUAUCCAUCGUGACAUCAAGCCCGACAACAUUCUUCUGGACCGUGGUGGUCAUGUCAAGCUGACUGAUUUUGGCUUGUCGACGGGUUUCCACAGACUCCAUGACAACAACUACUAUCAGCAGCUGCUUCAGGGGCGAUCCAACCGGCCGCGUGACCGUAACUCGGUCGCCAUCGACCAGAUCAACCUCACUGUCAGCAACCGAUCUCAGAUUAACGACUGGCGACGAUCACGAAGAUUGAUGGCGUACUCGACCGUUGGAACUCCUGACUACAUCGCCCCUGAAAUCUUUACUGGACAUGGUUACACCUUUGACUGCGAUUGGUGGUCGCUGGGAACCAUCAUGUUCGAAUGUCUCGUUGGAUGGCCCCCAUUCUGUGCUGAAGAUAGCCACGACACGUACCGAAAGAUUGUCAACUGGAGACAGACCCUGUACUUCCCCGAUGAUAUCACACUGGGCACCGAUGCUGAGCAUCUGAUCCGAAGUAUGGUCUGCAACACGGAGAACCGUCUUGGUCGUGGAGGUGCACACGAGAUCAAGAACCAUGCCUUCUUCCGUGGCGUCGAGUUUGACAGCCUGCGUCGCAUCCGCGCACCUUUCGAGCCUCGCUUGACCUCCAACAUUGACACGACCUACUUCCCCACUGAUGAAAUCGACCAGACCGAUAACGCGACGGUUCUCAAGGCCCAGGCCAUCCAGAACGGCCGACAGGCGGAGGAAUCUCCCGAGAUGUCCCUGCCCUUCAUCGGCUACACCUUCAAGCGGUUUGAUAACAACUUCCGGUAAUUCUCGCCAAGAAAUCUUUGACUCCGGCAAGUGUUCAUCUUGGAGAAGGCCCAGUUCUGUGAACGGGCUUUGCUUCACUCGAGCUGGGAAGGGGCAGCACUCUGGAAGCGCAGAGACGACGCCUUACAACACUCAGCAAUGGUUUGACGGCCGAUCAGGUUCUUGGAUGCUCUCGGGACCACGUGCCCUUGAGCUUUGUGCUUUUUCAAGAUGCCUCCUUGAAGGCUGUAAUUGCAGGGCUAGUCUAGAUAGCAGGCUUCUGGCUCGGGCAAGCUUUUUAUCAUGUAUGGAUUUCAUUGUACUGAGCAUGUAACAAAAGAGGGUAGUUCAGACCUUGCUGAAGAAGUCAAAGACUAAUAAAACAAGUUGAAACUUGAA